CGGAGCGGGAGGAGGAGCCCGCGGGCCUCAGCGACAGCGAGAUGUCGGCCGGCGUGGCAGCAGAUCGCAGCCCGCGCGAGGAGGAGGACGGCGGCGGCAAGUGCGAGAAGCUGCUGUCGGCCGGCGAGGAGGAGGCGGCGGCCCCCAAGCCGCGGAAGAAGCGCUCCCGCGCCGCCUUCUCCCACGCGCAGGUCUUCGAGCUGGAGCGGCGCUUCAACCACCAGCGCUACCUCUCGGGCCCGGAGCGGGCAGACCUGGCCGCCUCGCUCAAGCUCACCGAGACGCAGGUGAAGAUCUGGUUCCAGAACCGGCGCUACAAGACCAAGCGGCGCCAGAUGGCCGCGGACCUGCUGGCCUCGGCUCCCGCCGCCAAGAAAGUGGCGGUGAAGGUGCUGGUGCGGGACGAUCAGAGACAGUAUCACCCGGGGGAGGUGCUGCGGCCGCCCUCGCUGCUCUCGCUGCAGCCCUCCUACUACUACCCCUACUACUGCCUGCCCGGCUGGGCGCUCUCCACCUGCGCGGCCGCGGCCGGCACCCAGUGACCCGCUCUCGGACUACGCGCCUCGGACAGUAUUUAUUGUGAUUAUUUUAUUACGAUUAUUUUUAUUAUAUUAUUAUUAUUAUUAUUGGGGCGGUUUGUUUGUCUCCCUUCUCCCGCGCCCUCCUGCCGAGUUUGCAAGCCACCCCCCUCCCCGAAGCCGAGGACUCGCCACGCCGCCCGCGGGAUCCGUGUUGCCCAGACGAUGCGGGGACCGGCGAGUUCCCGCCUCGCGUGGCGGCGGGUGCGGAGUGCCGGAGCCCCGGGCGGGCAGGGCCGAGCACGGACUCCCGCCGCGGCUGGGAGCUGACAUUUUCUUCCCUGCUCCUCUUCCGCCUCGUCGCGAGCCUUGUAUGGUGCUGAAUGUACGGCCGGCUCCUUGGCGGGGCCCCGCUCCGCGCGGCCGAGGGCACGGGGGCGACACCUCGACCCCAGACCGAAAAGCCAGACGUGUUUUUUUUCCCCCCUCCUCAGAUCUGUCCUUGUUUGGAGAGGGGGGGGAGGGAGGAGGUAAGACCUUUUCGCACUUUCCAGUUGUAUUAAAGUCGUUGUUUUUCUAUUCAAUGUGAAUAUUUCUAGUCAGGCUUUUUCUAUAAAAAAAAAAAAAAAAAAAACCAAACCAAAAAACAAAAUCGAUGUCACGGGGAGUGUUUUUGUUUUUGGGUUUUGUAGUACCAUUCAGUGCCUUUUCCUCAGCAAACCUCUCCUCGCGGGCUGUGCUGGUGACCCGGCUCAGUCGUGUCACAAGAGGCUCUUUCUUUCUAGGUAACUCGUGGCUUCUCUCUCUCUCUCUCUCUCUCUCUCUCUCGAUGGCACUGUGCACUCCACCCGGUUAUUUACUGCAGAUGAAUUGUGAAUGUCUGUACGCUACCCGCUGUACCUUUCUUUUUUUUAAUUUAUAAACGUUUAGUUGAACA